AUUCGACAGCUGUAUUCUCCAGUGAUCAUGGACAAACCAGUGUGCUUGAUUGACACAGAGUCAGAUGGGAAGCUGUGUGUGCAGCAGUCAGCUAUACAGAUCCUGCAGCAGAUCCAGCAGCCAGUGGUGGUGGUGGCCGUGGUGGGUCUCUACCGCACCGGGAAGUCCUACCUGAUGAAUCGCCUCGCAGGACAACAAACAGGGUUUGCAUUGGGCAGCACCAUUGAGUCCAAGACGAAGGGCAUCUGGAUGUGGUGUGUGGAUCACCCCACUAAAGCAGGAACCACUCUGGUGCUGCUGGACACUGAGGGACUCGGAGACGUGGACAAGGUGACAAAAACCAGAGUACUGAAACACAACUAAAAAUAACAUCAAACG